CUCCCUCUUUCUCUCUCUCCCUCUCUCUCCCUCUCUCUGGCCGUACAUAUGGCCCCGGACAAUGCCAAUCCCCUCGUUUACGAGGAAGAGGAGGUCGGCCACACCUGGGUCCCGGGUGACUUGACCCCUUACCUCUUGACGGCCUGCUCCGGCCAGGCAGCCCCCUCCUCGCAGGAGGUAUUGGCCGCAGGGCGUCGGUCGCAUGCUGUUCGGCAGCUUACGGCUGCUGCACUGAAAUCCACCUCGGCCACCAUCGGGUCCUCAUCCAGCCACAGCGGCCUGCUGGAGGCCGCCUGCCAGGAUCAUUUUACGCCGGUUCUAUUUUCUCAUGCGCCGGACUUGCUGUUUGGCGAGGGCUUCGAUGGCCCCGGGGGAGUGGUUGAAGAGAUGUCACCGAGCACCGACUUCCCGGAUGUCGAGCCGAUUGACCCCGAUGAAAUCUACGGUCUCAUCCAGGGGAUCUCGGACCCGGAGCACCCUCUGUCUCUGGGGCAGCUGCGUGUCGUUCAGCGUGGGGACAUCUGGGUUGGCGACCGGGCCCCGGCUGCCUCGCCGACUGGCCAAGAUGGUAGCAGCUCCGAUGGGGCUGCUGGUGCCGAUGGCGCCAUCGACAGUCCCUGGAGCGGGGCCCUUCUUCCUCCCUGCGAGGGGGCAGCCAUCGACAUCCGCCCCGGGGACCUGCUGGCCCAGGGUGGUGCACAUGGACUGUCGCUUCUGUCGCCGGUCGAGUCGCCAGGAAUCGAUGUGACCAUCCACCUGACGCCCACCAUCCCGCACUGCUCGCUGGCAGCCCUGAUCGGUCUAUGUGUGCGGGCCCGCCUCGACCGAGCCUUGCCCUCGCAGUACAAUGUCUCGGUGAGUAUUGCUCCAGGAGCGCACUCUUCGGAGGCGGCCCUGAACCGGCAGCUUUCAGACAAGGAGCGCCGCACAGCGGCCGUUGAGAAUGCCCGUCUGGCAGCUACCAUAGACUCUUGUUUGAGCUCGUGCGAGAAUUGAGUCCACGCGUGAAGCGCCUCAUGCAUGUCGCUGGACAGGGGGAAAAAAAAAGACACAAUUCAUACAGCGUUUGUUUUUUGGGAAGAGGCAGAGACAAGAUCCCGCCUGGGACCCGGGUCUGCUACAUGGUGUAUUCAUAUAUGCUCGGGUGGUCCCUCGGCAGGGGGAGGGGAGGAAAAAAAAAGGACAAGCUGCGUCCCUCUCAGGAGAGGAGGAAAUGCGAGGGAAGGAUGACAACCGGACCACUCUAAUCGGCGUCAAAGGGACAAGACG